UGUGUACACGGGGCGGUGCGCUAGAGUGAGUGCGUAUGCGUGGACAAAAUCUUGAAUUAAUUAAAUUCCAGCCGCAAAUCUUCGAUCGUUGGGUGAAAAGUGUGAAAAAUAGCCAUUCGAUUCAUAUUCCCUAAAGCUGUAGUGACGAAAUAAAACACUGCAAAAGGGUAGAAGAUAUAUUGCACAUUCAUUGCAUCGCAAGCAUUACGACACGAAGACGAAGUGUCGAGUGGAAUCAUACGGCUAUAGGCGGCUGCGGUGGACGAAUUGGUUAAAGAUUAAUUACAGCAUUUUUGGUGCUCGCUGUUUUGAUAGGUGAUCCGGAGCGUGGGAAGUUUCUGGCAGAAGAAAUUGUCUCGCACCAUUGUGCGCUUGUUCGGCUGUAUGAGUGUGUGAGUGUGCGUGUGUGUUUGACGCGUGUGUCAUUUUUCGGCCCUUGUGCGUGAAAAUCAAAAGCAAAGAGUAGUGUAGUGUGUAAGCGCAGUGCAACUCGCUUCUAGCUGGUGGCACAGAAAACGCCAACGAAGUGGUUCUUGGUCAAUAGAUUAAGAAAGAAACGACAAAGGAACAAACACGCAAUAGUGUUCGGUUUUGGCGGCUGGAACGCGAGAAUCAUAUAGCACAGCUAGAACGGUGACGUCAGAAAGGAUCUGUAAGGAUAACGUGUAGCGAACAUGGCUGGCCAAACGAUCAAUGACAGGCUGCUGGCUGCACGACACAGCCUUGCUGGACAAGGGCUUGCCAAAUCCGUGUGCAAGGCUACGACGGAAGAAAUGAUUGGCCCGAAGAAAAAACAUCUUGAUUAUUUGGUACAUUGCACCAACGAACCGAACGUAUCAAUUCCCCACUUAGCUACAUUGCUGAUUGAACGAUCUCAGAAUGCAAAUUGGGUCGUGGUAUACAAGGCAUUGAUCACAACACAUCACAUGUUGGCCUAUGGAAACGAGCGAUUUAUUCAGUAUUUGGCCUCAAGUAACUCAUCCUUCCAAUUGAACAACUUUCUCGAUAAGGGAGGAGUACAAGGCGCUGUCGGUGCUCGUAUGGGUUAUGACAUGUCCCCGUUUAUACGGCGUUACGCAAAGUAUCUCAACGAGAAGGCAUUGUCAUAUCGUACAGUGGCCUUUGACUUUUGCAAAAUGAAACGUGGAAAAGAGGAAGGAUCUUUGCGCGUGAUGCACGCCGACAAGCUGUUGAAGACAUUGCCAAUUCUGCAGGCUCAACUGGAUUCUUUGCUGGAGUUUGAUUGUACAGCCAACGAUCUCACGAACGGAGUUAUCAAUAUGUGCUUCAUGUUGUUAUUCCGCGAUUUGAUACGGCUGUUCGCAUGCUACAACGAUGGCAUCAUUAAUUUGCUGGAGAAGUAUUUCGACAUGAAUAAGAAACAAUGCCGUGAUGCAUUGGAUUUAUACAAAAAGUUUCUUACUCGAAUGGAUCGCGUCGGAGAGUUUCUCAAGGUCGCAGAGAACGUUGGAAUUGAUAAGGGUGAUCUGCCAGAUCUGACCAAAGCCCCGAGUUCUUUGUUAGAUGCGCUUGAACAGCACUUGCUGGCCCUAGAGGGCAAGAAGGGAUCAGCAGCAAAUACUCCCACACAAACAGCAAGCAAUCAAAAGAACGUCAAAAGUGGCGUUAACGCACUUACAUCGACAAGUUCAUCGUUUGGAAUCGUGGCGGAAUCAAGCAAAUUUGAUAGUCCCACAAAUGGCAUGAUCGAUGAAAGUUUGAAAGCUCAAGUCCUGGCUGAAGAAGAGGCUGCAAUGAAUCAAUACAAGUCGAAGGUAUCAUCACCCACAACGGCUACGGCUAUAACAAACCCGUUCCUGUCGUCGCCCACCACUAGUCAAAACAACAUCGUCGAUCUUUUUGAGGCUCCGAAACCCGCUCAGGAUCAGCAAGCAUCGGCGGCUUCGUCUAAAGCAUCGGAUGAUCUAUUGCAACUUGGAAAUCCAUUUGCUGAUGUUUUCGCCACGCCAGCACCAGUCGCUAGUACUGUGCCAGUAGGAAAUAAUAAUGCGUUUGCAGGCGCUAAUGCAUGGAUGGGAAAUGGAGGUUUUAACGGCAGCAUGGCAACGGCAGCUGUCCCUGGAAUGGCAGGACAAGCUGUCCAGGGCGGCGAUACUUUCGUUUCCGAUAACAAUUUUACUUCCGUUUUUGGUGGAUUGGAGCAAAAUGGAUCCAGCGCACCUCCGGCCGCUACCGCUCAGCCUGGCAAAGUAUUGACCGGUGAUUUGGAUAGCUCAUUGGCGUCACUAGCCGAAAGUCUUACCAUAAAUAAGUCCAGCUGUGGGAAGAAUAUGCAAUGGAGUUCACCGAAGACAUCAGCAAAAACAGGGUCGGCCGGAUGGUCGCCGCAGCCCCAACCUGCUACUAAUCAGACAGGCUACAAACCAAUGGCACAAGGUAUGGCUGUUUUUCCAGUUCCUAGCACAAUACAUCCCAGCACACACACUCCCCUUCCCGUAGUGCCAGGAUAUUACAUUCAGCAAGGAAUGACGCAAAUUAGGCCAAUGAUGGGUGCUACCAUGUCCGGAACAACACCAGCAAUGGCCCCUGGAAUGGUCCCUCCUGGCAUAGCACCCCAGCAACCGGUGCUUACUAGUCAACAACCGAUGCACAUGCAAGCAGCCAUGAUGCAACAACCAGCGCAGGCGAUGCCUUCCACCGCUGCUGCUGGCAAUAUUCAGUUGGAUCCAUUCGGAGCACUCUAAACAACUGUUUUCGUUAUUCAGGCACACUUGGUGCAGACCUAUGCACAUACACCCGCACGGUUAUGAUGUGCUGUAAAGCAUUAAUAAUGAAUGAUUUAAAUAGCAAUGAAUACAAUAAGCAACGUAUGCUGAUCAAUAUGAAAAACAGAAAUCUUGCAUACUACUGAAAAAGAAAAUGAAAGCUAAAUAGGAAAUAUUAAGGAGUAGAGUAAAGCUGAAGAAUUGUGGUAACAAUCAUGUUGCAUAAGGCAGUUAACAUCCCUGGAGGAAAGACAGGAUUGUGUAGAAGGUAGGACCAUUCGUAUAUAAUAUAAUAUAUAAUGAAUGCAAGAUUUGAUUUAGCUGUUUGGCAUUGGCAACAGUAUCACAGAAAACCAUUUCAAUGUAAAAAAUCACAUAGAGUUAUGGUGAAGUUGACGAAAAUGAUAGUGUAUCCAGCCCGAUAUUCGAAUUGCUGUACUGUGUGCAUCAUGUUGCCUAAGUUGAACUACGGAUGUAGUAGUUUAUUGCAAGAUGAAGGUUAAUUAAUUAGCAAGAAAGAUUAAUUAACGACUGCUGGGAACACUGUGUAUAAUAUCGAUCCGGAUCACAUGCGGUGGACCGUACUUUGCGUAUACCAGCCCACUUUUCAAAGUCGUUUGGAUGAUACGAAAUUUUGAAUGUUAUCAACAAGCGUUAAGAUAAAAUGAAACCAUUCCAAAUAUCGACAACCAUACUGCAAGAGUAUUCUAUAUUGUUGUACAUUCUCGGGCAACUGAUGGAAUGUUGCUUUACAGGUGUGAAUUGUACGUGUCAUUGAACAGUAAAGCCUGUAGUUUCUAAUCAUUCCAAAUCGUGAUUUCGAUGUUUGCAGAGAUCAGCAAAAAAUCGUUGUGCUAGAAAACCUGUUGUUCUAUGCAUGUGUAUUGUUUUGUUUGGAUUUAAAUUUCCGGCACCUGUUUCGAUAGGUCGGUCGGUAGAAUUUAUUUGUUAAUAGGAUCUGUCAUUUGCAUGCACGCUGCAAUAUCAUGUAAGAAUAUCAGUAACAAUUAUAAUAACGAAUGAAAUGUAAAUGAUGUUAUAAAAAAACUUGAUAGUAAGAAACACGCGUAGGGCUACGCAUAUUUCCCCGCAGUAGAUGCAGUGGCUUCUUGGGCAAUAUAUUGUUAGUUGUUGCUUCUGUUGCAGUAUUAUCACUGCUUCGACAUUCAUAUAUGUAUCGAACUAAAUCCUAAAACAGAAAAGUUGUUGUUCUCUAUUCAAUAUAGUUGUGUUUACAAAACAGCAAGCAAAAUAAUGUAAACAAGAUGCCAGACUCUAAUAGCAUUAGCUUCACCCCUUGUUCAAACGAAUAACAGUCGGAAUGAAUUCACCGGCUCUCCUGUGUCUCCGCAAAGAAGUGCAAAUACUAUGAAAGUAGAAAGUAAUAAUAUCGAUAUGAGUAAUCUUACAAUACAGACGGAAACACUGCAAGGACUAUCGUGAAUGAAGGAAUCCGUAUGCAUGUAUUUAUGAAUAUAAAAAAUGUAGUAAUCUAAUAUCUCUAUUGUACACAUUACUAUAUUUUCUCGGCUACACAGUGUGCGCCUGCGAUUGAGGAUUGCAAGAAAAUAUAAUAAGUAAAUACAUUAUAUUGUACCAGAAAGAUACAUAUAUAUAUACACACACAUACUUCUAGCUGUGAAGGAAGAUUAUCAUAUAAUAACUAGAAUGUAAAUUGUUGUGUUUAUUCCCUUGAAAGCAGAUAGUGCAAUAGGGCCAGUUGUUUACCGUGGUAUAAUGGGUGAAAUGUGACGGAUAAGACAAAGUGAGUGUACUUAUCGUGAUCGACAGUGUAGCGAAAAUACAGAUGAAGGAUCUAGGAUCGCCCAAAUCAACAAAAUAUGUUCGUAUUGGUUUAUUCUUUUGGGAGCUUUUCGCAAAUUGAGACGAUAUCAGUUAUAUACUAUUGAGAUUGCAUGAACGAUAAAGGUGCAAUAAUUUGUUACUUGCCUACUUUUAAACAGACGUUUCCUUUUGUCUUAUAGCCGCCAAUACGUUUGCAUGCCAUAGAGCGAGCAGUAGAGAAACGUUGCAAAAAUGAUAAAUGAAAGGUACUACAAUAAUUUAAUCUGUAAUUUUAUGUGAACGUAUCGUUGAGUUAUGCUUUACUCGCUUCAGCAGCGUCUGGUGCGAGCUUAGAAACAGACGAUUUUGUCUAAGCCUUCGUUAAUUUGAAAUACUACACAUAAACUUCUUCAAUUAUAAAACAGAGAUGGUUACAUGCGUAUAUAUAUAAUAGGACACAAUGAAUAAAACUGAAAAAGAUAUAGUAGGAAUAUAUCAGAAAGGUGUUUUUCUUAA